AUGCUAUCUUCACGUGGCCGCAAGUAUGCGGCGUUGGACUUAGCAGCGAGCUACAAGAAAGACCGUGGUCAGCUGUACGAUGCCAAUCAUCCAAGAGGCCUCAUUUCUUUUCGGAAUGCGGAAAACUUCCUUAUGCACGAUGAAGCGCUUGAUUAUAUCAAGACAAAGUGCAUCUCUUCUAUCGAGCCUGAGUCCUUGACCUAUCAUGAUGGACCAUUUGGGUCCAAGCGAUUGAGGCAGGCGAUGGCCUCAUUCAUCAACUCUCGCUUCGCACCAGUUUCAGCUUUGAACAAGGACCAAGUCACAUUCGUUAGCGGCGUGACAGCCUUGAAUGAUGUCCUAUCACUCUGUCUGACCGAGGGAGAGGAGGAAGGCUUACUCCUUGGAAUGCCAAUUUAUGGCUCGUUCGCCGCGGAUCUCCGAAGCAUGUCAAAGUGUAAGCUUGUGUACACUCCGUUCAGAGGAGUGGAUCAGUUCGGCGUUAGGGCAGUCGAAUGCUAUGAGUGGGCUCUCCAGAAUGCAGCAAAGAGUGGUGUUAAGGUGAAGGGACUGCUUCUAGCCAACCCAAGCAAUCCUCUUGGUCAAUGCUACUCUCGGGAAGCCUUGGAGGCCAUACUACGCUUCUGCAACAAGUACAGCAUACACCUUAUCAGUGACGAGAUCUACGCCCUUUCUGUGUACGAUACCGAUGAAUCACGUCCAGGUUUCACAUCGGUACUCUCACUGGAUACAACAGGAUUGAUCGAUCGUAGCCUCAUUCAUGUAAUGUAUGGGAUGUCAAAGGACUUCGCGGCUGCUGGUCUCAGACUGGGAUGCCUGGUUACGUACAACGAAGAGCUGGGAAAUGCUGUGCAAUCUUUAGCGCGCUUCCACGCUGCUUCUCCGGUGACAGACGCCAUUGCUACAGUGAUGCUCGAGGAUGAAGAAUGGCACACGCAGUUCCUCGCAAAGAGUGCGCGUGUACUCAAUGAGCAUCAAAGCAUUGCCGCCAAGGGCCUCGAUGCUGCUGGAAUACCGUACAACCGCAAAUCUAACGCGGGAUUCUUUCUCUGGAUUGACCUCUCUGCCUGCUUGAAAGCCCGGGAGUGGGACGCGGAAGAUGAGCUGAAGCUCCAGCUGUACAAUUUUGGUUUGGAGAUGUCGGCCGGCAAUGCAUAUCAUGAUGAGGAGCCGGGGAAAUUCCGCUUCAUUUUCUCGGUGGAUAAAGAUAUGUUGGAAGAAGCGCUUAGGAGAGUUGUGGAGUUCUAUGUGACCAACAGGCGCUCUUAGGAGAAACAUGCUUAGCGCGAGGCGCGAGCCUGUCGUCGAACGCAACCAUAUACAUGGGCACUCCGGCUACCUACCCUUAUAGACCUGCGACUGCUUGUCUAAGGGAUCAUUCUUGAAGUAGUACAACGUACCUACCUAGGUAGCUAUCCUAGAAUACGUAGAGUCUAGCGGAAUAUCAUUGCCGAAAACCUGAUGUCAUUUAAGGUUUCGAUGGCAUUUGUCCUCAACA